GGGAGCGCAUUGAGGAUUAUAGUCACCGCUAAAAGGAAAUAGCCAUAUGUGAUGGUCUAAAUGAUAGCAGAACAUAUUUCAAGCGCGCUCCCUCUCGUUUUUUAAAUGAUUGCUAUUUUAUAUGUCUAUUCAGAGAAAAAUGUCUUUCGAGACCAAUUAAUAUCAUCCUCACCUGGAAUUACAAUGAAAAUGUAGGCAUGGUCAAUUAUUUUCCGGGAAUCACAAAGAUCCAACGUUGGUGAAUGGACUAAGACAACCGUGUCAAUUGAGAAAUAAAGAAGUCGAAGACAUUUGUAAAGGGCAAAGAACAAAAAGAACUUCAAACCUGGAUUACAUCAUCAUCACUCUUGGCCAGGUGGAACAACUAGGGGGAUGUUCUACCCUGUUUUGAUCCAGAGGGUGUUUGCUAAUUACAACGGUCUUUCUACAUUCCUUUUUUAGUUUUCUUUCUUUUUUGGGGGGGGGGGAUUUUGGACCUUAAUUUGCAUAGACUGUUUUUCAAAAUACGCAUUUUUAAUUAGUCUCCCUAACACAUAAAAUACACAUUUCAGAUCCCUAUUACAUCAGAAUAGCAUUGAAGCUCAUUGCAUACAUAAACGCAAAACAUAUCAAUUAAAAAGUAGUUAGAACCACAUUGUGGAGAGUUAGCCUAAUGCCUGUAGAGAGGUGUUAAACGUACAUUCCUUUUCCGACAUCAGUGUUAAAAAAAAAAUCUGCUCCCUAUAAUCUUUCAGAUUUGAAUGAAUAGUGCAUUAUUGGUCCAAAGUGCUUUUUAAACUAAUCUUUAAUGGAUGGCCUGCAUUUGUUUGUAGUGCAUUAGCUGGAACAUGGUAAGCAGUGCUAACUCACAAAUUUACUCGGGCUCUGACAGCACAGCCCCAGAGCGAUCAAUCGAACUGGGCUUUGACUGACUGAUGUGCAACACAAGUCACAUAUAACAAGAUAAAUUGACCUUGCUGCUAUUCUGUCGCUCAUUUGCUUAUCCAUCGCUCCUCGAUUCUUUUUCUUAUUUUCUGUCAGAAUCUCUCCAGCAUUCUCCCAUACAGCGCAUGUAGGCACGCCACAUUAAACAAUUUGAAAAGCCCCCUUUUCCUUUUAACCCGAAUGAUAUUCAAACCUUUGUUCUCUUUUCUCAAAACAUGCAACACAGCCCCUGAGCGUAUUGAUGUUGUCUAUCAAAAGAGAUAAACUUGAACACGUACUAAAGAAACCAUUAAGCCAUAUUAGACCUGCCAUACUAUGACCAAACAUUUUCAACUAUCAUCUCACUAAGGUGAAGAUUUCUUUGUACUGACAACACCUCAUAUAUUGACUUUCAACUAUAGGCGCGCUCAUACAUUCAGGGAUAGAGUGAAGAGAUUAUAUCAGUGAAGAGAUUAUAUGAUACUAGGAUACCAUAUCCAUUUUAUUUAUAAGAAAAUAUCUUAUAAAGCUAAUCACAUUAGAUUGUUCUACGUUUCUUUCUUAGGUCACAAUUACUAUGUAUCUGUAGUCAUCAGCGCAGGUUAGGUUAGGCUGAAAAGUGACCGUUCGUAGUGUACGUUUCCUCUACAUAUUCUGCAUUGAACGAAUGAAUCCAGACAUUUUCAUGUCUGUUCUGUGGGCAGAGCCGCGCUGUCCUGCCAGAACCGGGCCCAAGCCCACCUUCGUUCUAUUCUGUUGGGCCGAGUUAAACUCAGAGCAGAGACACUCACGCAAGGGGAUCAAACGCACAUAGAUCCUUAGCCCCAUUUCGUCCCUCCUUCCCUCUCUCACAUUUUCCUAAUUCAUCAAACAAUUGUUGUACUAUCUCCGGCUGCCUUUAUUCAUUUGGUCCGUUACUCACUGUGUUAUAUCUUAGUUUUCCCUUUCUCACUAAGUUAGGUGUGAAUUGUGUGGUCCCGGUCUGUAUCAACUAUAUAUGCUGCUCGGUCCAAUUCUGCCGUACCCACAUUCACCGGACCUCAUGACAGGCCUUUGUGAUCGGUCCUUGUCUCAUAGUGCAAACCUUGUAGACUUUCUGACCGCUGUAUUUGAGUCCGAAUUAAUAAUCUCAAAUCUCUCUGAAUAAUAUUUCCUCAAUUGACCACCCGACCUCUAUUUCCUUUUCCUACAUAUUUUAAGAGUUUAUUUGUGAACAAAUGGACAGUUCAGUGCAGAGGGAAUGUCCCUAGCAAGCUAACGCUGUUAAUAAACAGUGCCAAAUCUGUUCGAGCACAUGUAUUGACUGAUAUGAUGAAGUACAGACACCUAAAGCUGCCAGCAAAAUUGUUUACAAUUCACGCAAAGAGCUAGACUCAAGUGUUACAGAAAGGUUUGUGCGGUCAAAUACCUACAACAGAAAACUGAUGUGCCAAUUCCAGUGAUAAUACGAUUAAGCGUAGGUGAAAAGUACGCAAAUAAAAGUUAACGCUUAAUGUUUACAGAGUACACCUUCCCUUCAAAGAGGAUUCGCUAGCUACAUUAUUCAGAACUUUGUGCCAUAGGUCAGUUGAGUUCAAACGACUCCGAAGGGUUUGAAACGUUUACACGUUGAUUUUUGUUUACAAGACAAUACUGCCUAUCACAAAGAAAGACAACCCCUACUUGCCAUUUUAGUGAGGUCUGCACAGUAGAGACCACACAAUUAUCAAGAAACUCCAAUCAUUUCCCCUUACCAUUCUGUAAAAUAACACUUUGUUGACUGGUGUUUACAAUCUAUACAUUUUCCAGCAUCCUUAUCGUUCUGUUUUUUUUUUUUUGUGUGCUAAGUUGAAGUUGUCGAGACAAACUUCAAAUAGUCCUUUCACAAGUAUAGCUACAGUAUAGGCCUAAAACAUAGAAAUAUAUAACCUCAGAGUUGAUAUAAGCUGCUUAUGAACAACAAUAGAUUUGUAUUGAGAGCUUGUUUACAUAAAUACAUACACGUGUACAUGUCACACUUAUUGCUUGAACAAACAAAAAAAUCACUCAACUAAGUGAAAACCUCCACACUAGUGUAUGUAAUGUACAUGGAAGCACUAACAAAGGAUUAGUUUACUGUAUUUACGCUGAAGUCCUGAGUGUAAGCCUUUACAUUUUUUACACUUAACACGUAGGUGAAAUUCAAAGAAGGAAGGAGAGGAGAACACUAUCCCUCUUGGAGGAGGACCUCCAUAUUUUAAUACUUGACGGGCCUUUUAUUUUUUGAAUUGGCUCAGAAACGCUGAAAAAAUGAGGCCUAGAACCUACAAAAGGAUGCUCAGCACCUCCCUCAUAUUUUCCCUUGUGUCCGGCCUCGUCCUUUCCGCCGUGACCAUCACCACAGAGCGCCGCUCAUCCUACGGCGGCCCCAGCGGCACCACCCUGUUCCUCCUCACCGGUUUUGGGAACAAACCGAUGCCGCCGCCCCCGGGGGGGCCAAAGGUGGCGCCUAAAGCGGCUGAAAUGGAGGACGCUCAGGACGGUGAGCCGAAAGAACCCGAAACGCUCCCAAAGCCCCUCCCCCAAACCAAGCUCCCUCAGAACAUGACGGCAGCUGACGCCCUCAAACCUCCGCUGGGGGCCGCCCAGGUAGCGCCACCCCCCCGGCGCCUGGUGGAUGUGGACGUGUGUCGGGCCUACUACGACGUCAUGGGCCAGUUGGACAACACUUUCAACUGCUCCAAGGGGACCUACAUCUACUGCUGCGGCACCUGCCACUACCGCUACUGUUGUGACCACCAGCGUAGCCGCCUGGACCAGAAGUCAUGUAACAACUACAAGUCGCCCGGGUGGCUCGACACACCGCCGACGAACCCCCCGCCGCCGGGGAACCGGGGUGACCCAGACUCGGAGCAGCUGCAGCAGCAGAGCAACAGCACGGCGUACGUGAUCGGCGGGGUGAUCUCCGUCACCCUGGUGGUGGCCGUGGGCAUCAAGGUGGCCUUCCACAAGAUAUCCCGACGACCCCGGAACAGAGACAUCAACAUGCCCAGAGCCCUGGUGGACAUCCUACGGAGUCAGGCCAGCCCAGUCCAACAGGGGGAGAGGAACAACAGCACCGUCCUUACCACCGCCACCACCGGCGACAUCCUCGGUCGUCCCCCCAAGAACCUUUACACCCCGGUGCUCCAGAGCAAAGACAACCGCAUUGGCAACUUGCACCACAAUUUUAUCCAGGUGUCUGGUUCCAGUCCCAAACACUCGGCUACUAUGGAGCGCGUGCCCCGCAUGAACAACGCCCAGCUAGCCUCCACGGGGACCCUCCUCACCAGCAAGCACAACAACAGCUCCGGCCUGCACUUACACCCACAGCCCCCUUUCUCGCACUCCUUCCACAACCUGGCCCAGUUGCCCCCCUCCUACGAGGUAGCCAUGAAACCUGAGAUCAACCGCUACAGCUCCCUGAAGAAGCUCGAGAAAGAUCUGGACGACUACUCUGGCUACCACACAUCAAAGCGACGGCCUAACAACGCCCCUCCGUCAUUCCACUCCUCCCAGCACCACCUCCACUGGGGCGGUGACUACACUCUCGGAGCCAGGGGCACCCUUCCCUUCCACUCCUCCCGGCCACGGAUUCACGUGCCUACAUCCACCCCCAACCCCUACCCUCUGCCAGCCCAGUCGUUGGGGUACCAGCCCGCCUUCGACAAGCCCCCGCGGAGGGUCAUGUCCCAGGACCAGCUCCUGGCACUUGGUGAGGGCAACACCCUCUCCAGACUCUCCAAGAACCAGCAGCACCAGUACUACAAGGCUAUGACCAAGAGCUCCACCUCACAGACGCUUCGCAAGUCCCACGAGAGGCUCCUAGUCUCGCCCGACCGUCUGGAGGAGAGGAUGGGGGGCAUGGGCAUGCCAGGGUUGGGCGGUAUGGUGGGUAUGGGGGGCAUGGGUGACUUUGUGGGGAUGGGGGUCCCGACCAUGGGAUGCCUCAGCCACAAAGCUCAAUCACAGCAGAACGUCUGCGUCACACCCUCGCUGGACCGCCAUCACAUGAUCAAGAUGAACUCCCACCCCACAUCGGGCCACGAGCUGGAGAUGAGCGUGGCGGGCCAUCCGGCAGGAAACUGGGGGGACCCUCAUGGGCACGGAUCAGGGGCCGGGGUAGGAUCAGGGAGCGGGGCGGGGACCAUCGGGGGCCACAACGCACGGAGGAUGGCAUUCGCCACCAAGAGGCAGAACACCAUCGAACAGCUCCAAUACAUCCCUGGGGGAGGAGGAGGGGGAGGGGGCCAGACAUUGAGAACGGCUAGUAAGAACGAGGUGACGGUGUGA